AUGAUCAUUAUCUACAUUGAUAUACUGCUGUUAAUUAUAUUGUUAUGCCUGACGGUGUUCAUGUGCGGGUAUUGUUUCUACCGCAUCAACAGAAUGCGUCAGAAUGGAGAGAUCGCAAUAUUGUUGAGGCCGACUAAAGUUGUCUUCUCUCACAAGAAGGAGGGACAGUCUGCUGAAGAACUGAGAACGGUAGUAGCCUACCAGAACCCAUUUACUGGGGACUACUGCGUCCACAAGAGUAGAGCUGGUCCUAAGGGCUACGUGAACAAUCUGCAGCCGGAGUCUCCUGAUAGUGGCGUGUCUGAUGAGUAUGAGCCCUUGAACCUGGAGCCUGUAGGUCCACAGCCACAACUGCCGCAUGUGGAGCAGGAUAAGAUGCCGCCUGGCAUCAUUGCUAUGCCACAGCCUGACUACUCAAUAAAGCUGCAAAUGAGUCCAAACAACGACUACAACAGCGUCAACAAAACUUGGAACUGGAACUACAAGGAGUAUCAGAUCUGA